AUGCCAACAGACCAGCCUCAUGGAGCCCAGCCCGGUGACUCCGACAUUCUGCACGCAUCAAGACUCCAAGGCCGGAAACGGAAGAGGGUCUCCGUGGCGUGUCGGUCCUGUCGCGCACGAAAGUCUCGAUGUAAUGGCACUCAGCCAUGUUCGUCAUGCGAGGAUAUGGACACCGAGUGCCGAUACGACCAGCCUUCGACUCGGCCUCGUACCUCUGUGAUUGGUUCUCAAUUGGGAGACUUGCCGCAUCCGAAUGCAGUGCUAGAACGGCGACUGCAGCUCAUCGAACAGAGACUCCAAGUACUGGACCAAGAUACCAGAUCAUCCAUGGCAUCCGUGGCCACUGAAAAUGCAACACAUGAAGGUCGACAGCCAUUAGAUCUCGAGGGACGGAGUGCCACUGCUGACCAAGACGAUGGAGUGGAUGGCAUGGGUGCCGUGCCUCUGAAAGAUGGAGGCGAGGAAGAAGAGUAUUUUGGCAUGUCGUCCAAUGUGGUCUUCUUGCGGUUCAUCAUCGAGACAAUGAAGCAAGGAAAUCCGCAAAUUGUUCCUCCAACUACGGCCAUGGCGGCUCCACUGGACCUGGGCCAAACUGGCAAUGGGAGCAUUGACGAGUUCGACGAAAGACAUACGGCUACUACUAGCGGCUAUAGAAGCAGGCGUCCUACCACAAGAAGUCUCUUUACACUCCCUUCUCAACGAGAAGGAGACGCAUUGUUACGUUUGUACUUCACCACUGUCAACCUGAUGAUUCCAUGCGUCCACGAAGACUCAUUCCGUGACACGUAUGCAAAAAUGCAAAGAAACGGACUGGGAAGCGCUGGGAGGACGUGGCUCAGUAUACUUUCUGUAAUAUUUGCCAUUGCUACCAAUGUGGCCGCGGCAAUCUCGCCCCCCAACGAACGGGCAACCAAGUCGAAUAUGUACUUCGAGCAAGCGCUUGAGCUGAUAAAGUCGGAUAUGCUGGGACGGCCAUCAUUGGAAAUGGUACAACUUUUCCUCCUGAUGGAGGCGUACCUGGAGGGUACUACAUCUUCAUCCAUGACAUGGACCGUCCACGGACUCGCAGUGAAAGGGGCAUAUCAGCUGGGACUGCAUAUACGGGAUUUCAGGGAUGUCUCGGCGAUCGACAAAGAGGUGCGACGGAGACUUUGGUACUGCUGCAUCGUCAACGAUCGUCUACUGAGCACCAGAUACGGGCGCCCUCCACUCAUCCCGCUUUCUCACGUCCGGCUUGAACCCAGCGUGCAUAUACCAUUCAGCAACGUGUCUAGCGCCACGACAGCAUCCAGUCUGGGCUUUUUUGAUGCCAUCAUGUACGAGAACCUCAAGAGAGCCCACCGAUCCCAUGAACAGCUCUACGAUCAAAACCUCGCAUUGCAAACUUGUCUCCCGACAAGCAAAGUGCUUGACCGUAUCUCCGGACUCUGCUGGAAACUGGCAGAGUGGCAGGAUGCACUGCCCGCCGACUUAAAAAUAAUAGAUCCCGGCAAAGAGAUGUUGGAAGAUGUUCCUCUCACCGUUGGGACUGCGAGGUUCCGCGUCCUCCUCUCCCUCCGCUAUCUUGGGACAAGGGUUUUAAUUCUGAGACCUGUCCUCAACCAGUUCCUCGUCAUGGGCCAGGACGUGGCUCCUUCUAAUGAGCAUCAGUCGGAGUGGCUUCGAAACUCCGGGGAGACUUUGCUUGUAGGCCUGGUGCAUACUUGCCGCAAUGUCUUCCGGAUCAGCAAGUCUAUUCUCGUGGGGUCACAGAGGAACCAGAAUCUGCUGGGGGCUUGGUGGUUUUCGUGUUUUUAUACAUUCAAUGCCUCUCUCGCCAUCAUCGGUGUCCUUAUAGUUCAGACACUGCCCAUUUCCGUGCCCCAACCACAGGCCGACUCCGCAUGUUCGACCGCUGAACUCCGAGGAUUGCUCGACACGGCGAUGGAGGUGCUUACAGGCCUUGAUCAGGGCAACAAGACUCUUAUGAAGUGCAGGGACACGCUGGGAAAACUGCUUAGGUGGAUUGAUCUCAACGCAAACUCCACGCCUGGUAACUCCGACUAG